CCCGCGCGGCCCCCCGGCGACGGAGCCCCCGGCCCGGGCGGCGGCGGUACCUGCGAGAACCCCGAGAAGUUCCAGUACGUGGAGAGGAGUCGCUCGUGCGCGCCGCGCUGCGGGCCCGGCGUCGAGGUGUUCUGGUCGCGGCGCGACAAGGACUUCGCGCUCGUCUGGAUGGCCGUGUGGUCGGCGCUGUGCUUCUUCUCCACCGCCUUCACCGUGCUCACCUUCCUGCUGGAGCCUCACCGCUUCCAGUACCCAGAGCGCCCCAUCAUCUUCCUCUCCAUGUGCUACAACGUCUACUCGCUGGCCUUCCUCAUCCGCGCCGUGGCGGGAGCCCAGAGCGUGGCGUGCGACCAGGAGGCGGGGGCGCUCUACGUGAUCCAGGAGGGCCUGGAGAACACGGGCUGCACCCUCGUCUUCCUGCUGCUCUACUACUUCGGCAUGGCCAGCUCGCUGUGGUGGGUGGUACUGACGCUCACCUGGUUCCUGGCAGCUGGCAAGAAGUGGGGCCACGAGGCCAUUGAGGCCCAUGGCAGCUACUUCCACAUGGCGGCCUGGGGCCUGCCGGCCCUCAAGACCAUCGUUAUCCUGACACUGCGCAAAGUGGCGGGGGAUGAGCUGACUGGGCUCUGCUACGUGGCCAGCAUGGAUGCGGCUGCGCUCACGGGCUUCGUGCUGGUGCCCCUCUCCUGCUACCUGGUACUGGGCACCAGCUUCCUCCUGACCGGCUUCGUGGCCCUCUUCCACAUCCGCAAGAUCAUGAAGACAGGCGGCACUAACACGGAGAAGCUGGAAAAGCUCAUGGUCAAGAUUGGCGUCUUUUCUAUCCUCUACACCGUGCCUGCCACCUGCGUCAUUGUUUGCUAUGUCUAUGAACGCCUCAACAUGGACUUCUGGCGUCUUCGGGCCACAGAACAGCCAUGCAUAGCACCCACCAUGCCCGGAGGCCGGAGGGACUGCUCGCUGCAAGGGGGCUCGGUGCCCACCGUGGCUGUCUUUAUGCUCAAAAUCUUCAUGUCGCUGGUGGUGGGCAUCACCAGCGGUGUCUGGGUAUGGAGCUCCAAGACUUUCCAGACCUGGCAGAGCCUGUGCCACCGCAAGAUGGCAGCUGGCCGGGCCCGGGCAAAGGCCUGCCGGGCCCCCGGGGGCUAUGGCCGUGGCACCCACUGCCACUAUAAGGCCCCCACUGUGGUCUUGCACAUGACUAAGACGGACCCCUCUCUGGAGAACCCCACACACCUCUAGGGACACAGGCCUGCAAGGGGCGGCUGUUGCCCCCUCCUAGCCCCCCCUGGAGGAGACAGCUGUCUAGCAGCUGCCCAGCUGUCAAGGUCAGGCAAGUGAGUGCAAGGGGGCUGAGGACCAGGGCGGGCUGACUCUCCUUGAGCCCUCACUUGUCAGGACCCAGUGAGGCUCAGUCCCCAGUCGCCUAGUGCAGGGAGUGGGCCUGGCUGAGUCCCCACAGGGUCCUGGGGGAGCAUGUGGAGAGGAGGAGCAGCAGAGGGGGGCGUGGUCCAGCAGGGAGUUUAUUUAAUGAUGUAAUUUAUUGUUGAGUUUCUCCGGAAGCUGUAACUGGAAUAAACCCCCGUGUGGCA